AUGGAUCCGUUGGUCAAAACAACUUUUUUUCGGUUUCUAGGCCUUGUUUUAUGGGCCUGUCUGAGCGCUUGGCUUUUCGUAAUGGUCGAAUACACAGAGGAAAACGAUGUUAAAGAAAAAUACCAGUUGUUGCGCUCUUUGUAUGAGAAAAUGGCAUCUAAAUGCAACAUAACUAUCGAGGAGUUCAAUAACUUUUCCAAUGUGGCGUACGAAGCUCUAAGCGAGCCAAAGAGGCAGUGGACCUUCGAUGUUGCGGUACGCUUCGUAUUUCAAGCCAUGACUACUAUAGGUAAGGCAAGGUAGGGUUAGUUUAUUAGCUUGCAUGUAUAAAGCUAAGAAGAGUUUGUUGACCGUUCGUCAACUAACCUCAUAGGGCAUAAAGUAAUGGUCAAAUUUAUUCUUUUUAAAUGGAAGGCCUGUAAGUACAGUUUUGGAAUGAGCGGUAAAAACAAGCUGAUUUUAUCUUCCAAUUUAUUUUGCAACGCCAACGAUCAUUCGUGAGCUGAAGACAGACCAUCAUCGGUAAACUCGUACCCAGAUCUCUCGAGGACAAGGGAUCUGGGUACGAGCGCUCAUAUCAUCAUUUACUUUUCAGCCAACAUGGGUCGGGCUGUUGGAAGGCCUUUUAACUCUAAUUCUGACUUAGCUGCAAACAGAGCAUAUGAGUUACCAUCAGAUGGUAACUUGAAUUCUGAAUUGACGCUAAUUGUGUUUCAAACAGCUCGAACCAGAAAUAAAAAGAAAGCGUAUUUAACCGCGGGGGGUUAAUAAGUUUUCCUCGUCCCUCAAAUGGGGGUGGUGCUAUAUCGGAAGCGGCGCUUAUUCCAGCAAAUACAGUAGGGCCUACUUUUACACCUUUUCUGACAUGUAGUAUCUACCUUGAGUUAUGAAUAGAAUGAAACUGAAUUGUAGACGUAUAUUCUCUGGCCUAAUGUUUCAGGUUUUAUGACACUAACGCCAGCAAAAAGUAUCACUGAGUACUUAACCACCUAAGAAAAAAAUGCAAAUAGCCCCUUCCCCCGUUACGAACUGUUUUGUUGCCCUUGCUAACACAAUGCUGUCAAAUUCAAUGUUAUUCUUUAUCUCUUUCUUGAUAGGUUAUGGAUACAUCACCCCUCAAACAACCAAGGGACAGAUGCUGUGUGUCUUCGUCGCUUUCAUAGGUAUUCCAAUCACACUGCUGGCACUAAAAUCUGUCGGCGAACUUAUUACCAAGUUGGUUAGUAAAGUUGUUGAGAAGUUCGAAAGAAAACUCCUUAAGAGAUUGGAGCCAACACGAAAGCAAACUAAAAGUGCCGUGAUAUUGUUUUCGUUUAUGGUCGCUUUAAUCAUAACAAGCAGCGUUUUAACAAUGUUCUUGAAAGAUUGGAGACUUCUUGAGGGUGUAUAUUUCUGGUUCGUAUCUUUUUCUACGAUUGGUUUCGGCGACUACGUUCCUGCUAAAUCCCAGCGAAUCACACAAUUACCAAUUAAUAACUCAGUAGUGAAUGAAGAUGAGGAUGAAAAAUUUCGCUCAGCGGGAAAGGUGACUUCAGCAGCCUUUAUCGGCAUACUGUUUACAUUUUACUAUAUCUUAGGUUUAUGCAUUGUAUCAAGUGUAUUAAAUUCAAUAAUGGCGGCUAUUGAAGAACGAAAAUGUCGCCCUCGAUGUCCCGGAUGUGUUUCUCGAAAAACAAGUGACCAGGAAGACAACGAACAAAAUGGUUAUUCGGAACAGUGUGUCGUGGCUGACAUAACAGCUUUGAACAUGCUUAAUUAUGGAUUUCAGAAGGCAAAUACACCAUCAGUUUCUUUGAACGAUUUGGAAUAA